AUGGUAGAAAUAAUGGACUUAAAAAGUGAUAAAGUUAAUUGCAAACCAAGUGAUAUUGAAGAAAUUGAAGAGGAUUGCAUGUUUGUAGCAAGGCUAGAAAAUAGUGAUGAAAAUUUGUUGGAUAAGGUGGUCCAUAAUGCAGAUGAAGCAUAUGCUUUAUAUAAUGAUUAUGCAUUGCAAAAGGGUUUUAGUAUUCGAAAAGGAAAGCCUAAAUAUUAUAAUGGGAUGAAGAACAUAAAGCAAUGUAAAUUUCUAUGUUCUAAGGAGGGUUUUAAAUUGGAUGAAGAUUUUUGUAAAGAGAAAUAUUCGAAGAGACUAGAGACUGGAACUGGUUGUAAAGCAUUUGUUCAUUUUACAGUUGAAAAUGGUGUUUGGAGGGUUAGUGCAUUUAAUCCAGAGCAUAAUCAUGAACUUGCACUACAAUCAGAGAGGCAUUUGUUAAGAUCUGGUCGUUGUAUUUCAAAACCUAAGGCAGACGUAAUUGAUACGAUAGUGAAUGCAGAUAUAAGCACAAAGAAUGCUUAUUCAUAUCUAACAAAAGAAGUUGGAGGGAGUGAAAAUGUGGGCUUUAUUGAAAGAGAUUGUUAUAAUCAUGUGAAUGUGCAAAAGAUGACAAUGAUUAGUGCUGGAGAUGCUCAAAGCUUAUUGAAUCAUUUUAAGUCUAAGCAUGCAGAAGAUCCCAUGUUUUUUUAUACAGUUCAAGUAGAUCAAGAAAAUCGAAUGACAAAUUUUUUCUGGAGAUAUGGGAAAUCAAGAGUUGAUUAUGAUUGUUUUGGAGAUGUAGUGGUAUUUGACACUACAUAUCGUACCAACAAAUAUAAUUUGAUUUGUACUCCAUUUGUAGGUGUUAAUCACCAUUGGCAAAAUGUGAUGUUUGGAUGUGCAUUCCUUUUGGAUGAGGCCAUUGAUUCAUUUAAAUGGUUGUUUAAGUCAUUCUUAGACUCAAUGGGGAAUCAAUCGCCAAUAACGAUUUUCAUUGACCAGGAUCAAGCUAUGUCAAAUGCCAUUGGGGAAGUGUUUCCAAAUACACAUCAUCGGCUAUGUUUGUGGCAUAUUUCAAAAAAUGCUUCUUCUCGCUUAGGGGACUUAAACUCUAACUCAGAGUUCAUGUACUUGUUCAUCAAGUGCCAAAAAUAUUGUGAUUUAGAAUUGGAAUUUCAACAGACAUUGGAUCAAAUGACACAAAAAUUUGAUAUUGAGAAUCAUCAUUGGCUUAAUAUGAUGUACAAAAUUCGACAUAAGUGGAGCAUUGCAUUCACUAAGGAUUUUUUCACAGCUGAAUUUAAAUCUUCCUCGAGGAGUGAGAGCACGAACCAUGUUUUGAAUGGUAUAGAAAAUAAAUCAAUCAGCCUCACUAAGUUUGUAAUUGAAUAUGAAAAUGUAUUGGCAAGUAUGCGUUCCUCGGAGUUGGAUGAAUAUUUUCGAUGCAAGCAAGGUGCCCCACAAAAAGCAGUUGAGAAGAGUGGCAUUUGGGGUCAUGCAGCUCAAGUUUACACUUGUAAGAUAUUCAAUUUAUUUGAAAAUCAAUUUCUUAAUAGUCUUGCAAUGGCUUGGGAUCAAGUUGAUUGCCAAGAUACAAUUGGUGUUUUUGAGGUCAAAGGAGAAAAUAGUGAAAGAGUACGCAUUGUUCGGUUUGAUCAUCUCAAUAGCAAUAUUUCUUGUUCUUGUAAGAAAUUUGAGUCAUUGGGGAUUCUUUGUGUUAGGUUCUAA